AGAGUUCGAUCCCAGGUUUGAGUCUAUGAUGAGAUCUUAUGUACGCCGACGAGGUAAGACUACAAGUGACCAUACAAACUAUGACGAAAGAGAUAAACUGCAGGAACCAGGUGAACCAAAUGCACGAAAGGCAGACAAAAUACAAUCAGAAUUUCCUUUGCAAGGAGAGAUUUCUAAACUGAUGAGCAGAGUUGAAAUGUAUCUUCGUCUACAAAAGGCAGAAGAGGAUGAGAAAAAGCCAAGUAGAACCGAAGAACACAAAUGCCACGCAAAUGGUACUAGCGAUUUUUUAGAUAGUCCCUUCACAGACAUUAAAGGUGAGAAAAGGAGAGUUCGAUGUGAAGGAGUGAGCUAUAAUGCCGACCAAUCUAGGGCAUCAAAAAUUGGCGAUAAACGUGCUAUUGGAGGUUGUCAGUUUCUGGACAAACCGAUGACAAAGGAAUUCAGAUAUUUUGAGGUGAGCAUUGUCGAUUAUGGUCGAAAGGGUUGGAUCGGUGUGGGACUUGCUCAUCAGACUUAUCCUCUAGACAGAAUGCCUGGUUGGGACAAAAAUUCUGUAGCAUAUCACUGUGAUGAUGGCAAGAUGUUUCAUGAAAAUGGAAUCAGAACAAGUCUGGCAUGUCCAGCUCAAGAAGGAGAUGUAAUAGGAUGUGGGAUUAGAUUAAACCCUACCACUCAAGACGUUGACUUGAAGCCUAUAGUGUUCUUUACACGCAAUGGAGAAGAGAUAGGACGUAAAGAGAUUCCAAACGUUCCCAAAGGUGGUUUCUUUCCCAUAAUAGGACUGGGCAGCGAAGGAGAGAGGGUUGAUGUAAACUUAGAUGUCGAAUGGAAGCAAUCCAGUAUUGCUAUCACUACUCUGGACAGCACAGAACCAACGCAGCUAACCAAUGUUAAAAAACCAAGAUGGAAACGAGAUUGUAUUGACUACAAUGAGCGCGACCAAAUAGUAUCAUACACAUGUGGACAAGACAAAUGUGUAAAACCUGUCGGGGUCUUUCAAGACCUGAGUCGUCCUAUGAAUGCAGAGUUCAAUUACUUUGAAGUCGAAUUGCUUUGCAUAGGACGCAAGAAAGCAAUAGGAAUAGGCAUCGCCAAUGCCACAUAUCCAUUGAAUACAAUGCCUGGACUCAAGAGUGGAUCAGUGGCAUUCCAUUGUGAUAAUGGAAAUGUAUUUAAGGGGGUGUCAGAAAAACAAACCUUAGUGUCCAAACCCACUCCAGCCUCUCGUCAUGAUGUCAUUGGAUGUGGCAUAGAAUUAAUACCCGGACACGGUGGAAGGGCCAAAGCCUUCUUUACACGCAAUAAUAACUCACUGAUUGACAAACUUGAACUGGACAUUCCGUCUGGAGGCUUCUACCCAACCAUUGGUAUGAUGAGUUAUGGAGAAGAAGUAAAACUCAACUUUGACACGACACCACCACCGCAAACAUUAAGCGUGAAAGGUUGUGCUGUAAAGUACCGAUCAGUGCGUGUAAGCGUCCACGAAGACAUGAUUAAGUUUGCAGGUCACCCGGGCAGUAUCGGUGUGUACCAAGAUGUCAGUUGCCAGAUGAGUCGAGAAUUUUCCUACUUUGAGUUGAAAUUGAAAGACUACGGACAGGAAGGUGCCGUUGCGAUUGGAUUAGCCACAAGAGAGCAUGAUCUAGGUUAUCAACCGGGUUGUACGAAAAACUCUGUAGCAUGGCAUUUUAUUGAUAAUCAUCUCUACCAAGAUAAAAAGCAAAUCACUAAAAUAAAAUGCGCACCAGUAAAUGAGCAAGAUGUAAUUGGCUGCGGAAUCGACUUUACAGAAACUCAAAAGAAAUAUGUAGAGAGUUGUCGCACGAGUGAAAGCGAUAACUGUUCAGAGUUUGUUGUGUUUUUUACUCACAACAGACAACGUAUCACUGACACGACCGUACAAAUUUCAGAAGGUCUGUUUCCAACGGUGAGCAUGCAAUCACCAGGAGAAGUUGUACAGAUCAAUACGUCAUCAGACGUCGGUGAAUGGGAUGUUACAGCAAUCCGAAGCAUAGCACAAGAGUUAGAUAAUCAUGAAAGAGUCAGAAUCAGAGGAGAUUGCAUUUACUAUGUUGACAACGGGUGGAACGAUGUGGGAGGUAUACAGCUCAAAACGAACAUGCGCAAUCAGAAGUACUUUGAAGUCAAAAUCUUGAGCAAAGGAGAAAAAAGCACAAUAGGCAUUGGAAUGGCAAAGAAAGGCUAUCGUCUCGAUUGUCAGCCUGGCUGGCUACAACACUCUAUCGCUUUCCACUGUGAUGACAGAUAUCUGCAUUACGACGGUAGAAACGAUGAAUUCGUUAACGCUCCCCAUAUCUCUGAAAAUGAUACUAUAGGCUGUGGUAUAGACAAGACAACCGAGAAUGCUACAGGUUCGGUUAUCGUCUAUUUUACUCACAAUGGCAAAGAGAUUGGCCAAAGAGAACGGUUUGAUCACAACAAUGCAGACAACCUCUAUCCUACAGUUGGCAUGCACAGUUCGGGUGAAGCAAUCAAGAUCAUUUUAACAACUGAGCGAGAGAAUGAUGAACAAGACACACGAUUUUCUCGAUCAGAAAGAAUCUCUACAACAGAUGACAAAGCAAUCUACAAAGCUGAUGACACACAUCGCCCUGGUGUCAUACAACUGGUAAACAAAGUUACCAAAGCAUUACCAUACUUUGAAGUAACCAUUGACAAACUUGGCCAUGAAGGAGCCAUAGGAAUAGGCUUAGCACCAAAAGACUAUCGUCUUGACUGCAUGCCCGGAUGGCUUCCCGGUUCUGUUGGAUAUCACAGCAAUGACGGUUGCUUGUUUGAAGGUACCGGACUUGGCCGAAGAGUCUACGAAACGGGGUCACCAGAGGUGACCCUCGGAUGUGGCGUUGACUACAGCAACAACAGAGAAAACAAAUUUUCUGUAUACUUUACUUACGACGGACAACGUCAAGCACAUGAAUCGAAGCUCACAUGUCCUAAAGAGGGAUUGUUUCCAACAAUUGGACUUCUCAAAGAGGGAGAUGAAAUAACUUUCACCAGACCAAUGAAAAAAGCUGGGAAACAAAAGAGUUCUCCAUGA